UUUAUUUCGGAGAUUAAGGUUUGAACAAUGGCAAGAACCAAGCAGACCGCACGUAAAUCUACUGGUGGCAAAGCGCCCAGGAAGCAGCUGGCUACCAAAGCGGCACGUAAAAGUGCUCCGGCUACUGGUGGCGUCAAGAAGCCGCAUCGAUACCGGCCCGGAACCGUGGCUCUGCGAGAGAUCCGGCGUUAUCAGAAGUCCACCGAGCUGCUGAUCCGCAAGCUGCCCUUCCAGCGUCUGGUGAGGGAAAUCGCUCAGGAUUUCAAGACCGACCUGCGCUUCCAGAGCUCGGCUGUUAUGGCGCUGCAGGAGGCAAGCGAGGCGUAUCUGGUCGGUCUGUUUGAGGACACCAACCUGUGCGCCAUUCAUGCCAAGCGAGUGACCAUCAUGCCUAAAGAUAUUCAGCUGGCUCGCCGUAUCCGUGGUGAACGUGCUUAAAUUGGCUUUCAUUGACUCCUGCUCUCCCGCCCGCAUAAGUCUGGAGAGAAACCAAA